AGCCCUACGGUCAGCGAUCGACUGUCGCUAGCAGUUGCUAUUUGGUGGUUCUAGGCAAUUGUGGAAUACACGUGGUGUGUAAUAAAAAAAAUUCAGUACUGUUUCAGAAUUAUUAGAUUUUCAAUAGUGAUGCAAUAAUGAUGCUGAAACUUAAAGUCAAUGCUAAUAAUCCACCAACAGAUGCAUUAAUAACAGUAGAAGUAGUUAAUUAUGAAAAAAAAGAAAUCGAUAUAGUUUGGUGUAAUGACUGGAAAGACAGUGGAAAUCUUAAAUUAUUAGAUUCCAAUGAUCAAUUGCUAGCAGAAAGUGGCAAUGAAGUUAUCCGUUAUAUUGGUAGAACUAUUGCAAAAGAUUUAUAUGGUAAUUUAGAUAUUUGUGGCAGGACACAAGUAGAUCAUUGGUUGUCGUUUGCUAUAGGACCAUUAUGUCAAUCACCAGUCAAAAAUGAAACUCUUUCGUACUUAAAUAAAAUAUUGAUGACAAAUACAUGGCUGGUAAAUAAAAAAUUAACAGCAGCAGACAUUUCUGUUUUCUGUGUUCUUUUAAAUUUAUUAUAUUUGGAAAAAUAUGAAAAAUUAUAUCCUUGUAUAACCAGAUGGUAUAAACAAAUGCUUUCUUUGCCAGCUGUUAUACAAGCAUUGUCCUCCAUUAAAGAUAAUAAAAUAAUAAUAGAAAAUAUUAUACAAGUUGAAGAAACAAUGAAUAAGAAAGUAGGAGCAAGAAAACAAGAGGGUAAAUUUAUUGAUUUACCAGGGGCAGAAAUGGGAAAAGUAGUUGUACGUUUUCCACCAGAAGCAAGUGGUUAUCUUCACAUUGGUCAUGCUAAAGCAGCACUUUUGAAUCAGUAUUAUGCAGAAACUUUUAAAGGACAAUUAAUUAUGAGAUUUGAUGAUACAAAUCCUGCAAAAGAAAAUUUAGAGUUUGAAGAAGCUAUAUUAGAAGAUAUAAGAUUAUUAAAUAUUAAGCCUGAUCGAUUCACUUAUACAUCGGAUUAUUUUGAUUCAAUGCUUGAUUAUUGUACAAAGUUAAUUAAAGAUGGUAAAGCAUUUGUAGAUGAUACACCUGCUUUGCUUAUGAAAGAACAACGUGAUCAAAAGUUGAAGUCAGCAAACAGAGAUAAUUCCAUUGAGAAGAACUUGAAAUUGUGGAACGAAAUGCAGAAAGGUACUGAGAAAGGUCAAGAAUGCUGUGUACGAGCCAAGAUAGAUCAUGAGUCAGUAAAUGGAUGCUUACGAGAUCCGACAAUUUAUAGGUGCAAACCAGAACCACAUCCCCGUACUGGAACAAAAUACAAAGUAUACCCAACAUAUGAUUUUGCUUGCCCAAUUGUGGAUGCUGUUGAAAAUGUCACACAUACAUUACGUACAACUGAAUAUCACGAUAGAGAUGUUCAGUAUUAUUGGAUAAUUGAAGCAUUAGAAUUACGUAGACCACACAUAUGGGAAUAUUCGCGUUUAAAUAUGACGAAUACUGUUUUAUCUAAACGUAAAUUAACAUGGUUUGUUGAAGAAGGUUUAGUAGAUGGUUGGGAUGAUCCACGUUUUCCUACUGUAAGAGGUAUCUUGAGAAGAGGUAUGACUGUAGAUGGUUUGAAGCAAUUCAUUAUUGCACAAGGCAGUUCUAGAUCAGUUGUUUUUAUGGAAUGGGAUAAGAUAUGGGCUUUUAAUAAGAAAGUAAUUGAUCCAAUUGCCAUUAGAUACACUGCAUUGGAUUAUGAUAAAACUGUCCCAGUUAAUGUUUUGGAUAGCAAAGAAGAAUGGGUGACUGUUCGAAAUCAUCCAAAAGAUCCAUCAUUAGGUACUAAAUGUGUACGAGUAGGUUCAAAAAUAUUGAUAGAAAAAGAUGAUGCAGAAGCACUAGUUGAAGGACAAAAUGCAACAUUCGUUAAUUGGGGUAAUUUAAAAAUUGAAGCAAUACAUAAAAAGAAUGGUGUUAUUGAGAGUAUAGAUGCUAGACUUAAUUUAAGUGAUGAGAACUAUAAAAAUACAUUAAAGAUUACUUGGCUACCUGCACCACAAAAUUUUAAGGAUUUAAUACCAUGUUACACUGUUUAUUUUGACCAUAUUAUAAGUAAGCCAGUUUUGGGAAAAGAUGAUGAUUUCAAAGAUUUUGUGGCCAAAGAUACAAGAGUAGAAAUACGAAUGUUGGGUGAGGCAGAAUUACAUAGAGUGAAAAAAGGAGAAAUAAUUCAAUUGCAAAGAAAAGGAUUUUUCAGAUGUGAUGUACCCUAUGCUGAUAUAAGUCCUUUCUGCUGCAAAGAGCAACCUUUAAUUCUAUUUCAUAUACCAGAUGGUCAUACUGCUUCUAAAUCUACAAAGGCAAAUGUUGAUAGUAAAUCAAGUGUCUCAAAAACUGAACAAAAAGAUGUGAACAUAAUAAAUGAUAAAAUGAUUACUCAAAGUUCUGAAGAAAUACAAAAACAAGGUGAUAAAGUGAGACAAUUAAAAGCUGCAAAAGCAAGUAAGGAUAUAAUUGAUCAAGAAGUAAAACUUCUCUUAAAUUUAAAAUCCGAAUACAAAAUCGCAACAGGGCAAGAAUGGAAACCAGUCAAGUCUGAAAAAACUAAUGCAACUAUAAAUUCAGCAUCUGCGAAUAAAACUAAUGAGCAGCUAUCUGAAGAAAUACAAAAACAAGGUGAUAAAGUGAGACAAUUAAAAGCUGCAAAAGCAAGUAAGGAUAUAAUUGAUCAAGAAGUAAAAAUUCUCUUAAAUUUAAAAUCCGAAUACAAAAUCGCAACAGGGCAAGAAUGGAAACCAGUCAAGUCUGAAAAAACUAAUGCAACUAUAAAUUCAGCAUCUGCGAAUAAAACUAAUGAGCAGCUAUCUGAAGAAAUACAAAAACAAGGUGAUAAAGUGAGACAAUUAAAAGCUACAAAAGCAAGUAAGGAUAUAAUUGAUCAAGAAGUAAAAAUUCUCUUAAAUUUAAAAUCCGAAUACAAAAUCGCAACAGGGCAAGAAUGGAAACCAGUCAAGUCUGAACAAACUAAUGCAACUAUAAAUUCAGCAUCUGUGAACAAAACCAAUGAGAAGCUAUCCGAAGAAAUAAAAAAACAAGGUGAUAAAGUAAGACAAUUAAAAACUGCGAAAGCAAGUAAGGAUAUAAUUGAUCAAGAAGUAAAAAUCCUUUUAAAUUUAAAAUCCGAAUACAAAAUCGCAACAGGGCAAGAAUGGAAACCAGUCAAGUCUGAACAAACUAAUGCAACUAUAAAUUCAGCAUCUGUGAACAAAACCAAUGAGAAGCUAUCCGAAGAAAUAAAAAAACAAGGUGAUAAAGUAAGACAAUUAAAAACUGCGAAAGCAAGUAAGGAUAUAAUUGAUCAAGAAGUAAAAAUUCUUUUAACUUUAAAAUCCGAAUAUAAAACUGCAACAGGCCAAGAGUGGAAACCAGAUAAAUCUCAAACAGAGAAUAUCAAAUCAGAGAAUAACGAAAUUACAACUAACGAUAAAAUAUCAGUAAAAAUAUUAGAACAAGGCACUAAAGUAAGGCAAUUAAAAAGUUCAAAAGCAGAACAAUCUAUUAUCGAUAAAGAAGUUAAAAUUCUUUUGAGCUUAAAAAAUGAUUAUAAAACAGUAACUGGUCAUGAUUGGAAGCCAAAAUGUGAUGUGUCACCUAAAAAGAAAAAUAAAGAUGGAUCUGAGAAAAGUGGAAAGAAAUCUGAUAAAGAUAUGACAAAUAAUGAAACAAAGAGUAAAGAUACAGAUACUAAUAAAACUGGGACGAGAUUAGGAUUAGAAGUACAGAAAGAAGAAAACUUUGCUGAUUGGUAUUCUCAAAUUAUUACGAAGAGUGGAAUGAUCGAAUAUUAUGAUGUAUCAGGUUGUUAUAUUCUUCGUCCAUGGAGUUAUGCGAUUUGGAAGACGAUAAAGGAACACUUUGAUAAACAAAUAUCAAAAUUAGGAGUACAAGAAUGUUAUUUUCCAAUUUUUGUUACACGAGCAGCACUUGAAAAGGAAAAAGCGCAUAUUGCAGAUUUUGCUCCAGAAGUUGCAUGGGUUACCAAAUGUGGAGAUUCUGAUAUUGCAGAACAUAUUGCUAUUCGACCUACUUCAGAAACAGUCAUGUAUCCAGCAUUUUCUAAAUGGUUAAGAUCAGACACAGAACUUCCACUUAGACUCAAUCAAUGGAGUAAUGUUGUGAGAUGGGAGUUUAAAGAUCCUAAACCAUUUUUACGUACCAGGGAAUUUUUAUGGCAAGAAGGACAUACAGUUUUUGCUAAUAAAGAGGAUGCUGAAAAAGAAGUUUUAAUAAUUUUAGAUAUGUAUGCCAACAUAUAUGAAGAGUUACUAGCUGUACCAGUAGUUAAAGGCCGUAAAACUGAAAAAGAAAAAUUUGCUGGUGGUGACUAUACAACUACUGUAGAAGCAUUUAUUUCAACUAGUGGAAGAGCAAUACAAGGUGCUACUAGUCAUCAUCUUGGACAGAAUUUUUCAAAAAUGUUUAAUAUUCAGGUUGAAGGGGCAGUUGAGGGAAAAGAAAAGAUUUAUGUUUAUCAGAACUCCUGGGGUAUGACCACUCGUACUAUUGGAGUUAUGAUAAUGGUACAUGGAGAUGACAAAGGUUUAGUAUUACCGCCAAAUGUAGCUUCGAUUCAAGCUAUAAUUAUACCAUGCGGUAUUACUGCAACUACUACUGUACAGCAGAGAGAUCAAUUGAUGUCAGAAUGUCUUAAACUAGAGAAUGAUUUAAGCAAAGAUGAGUCCCUUAGAAUUAAAUCUGAUUAUGCAAAUAAUCGUACACCAGGAUGGAAAUUUAAUCAUUGGGAAUUGAAAGGUGUACCUGUAAGGAUUGAAUUAGGUCCCAAAGAUCUGGAAAAAAAUCAAGUGACAUUUGUACGUAGAGACAAUAAUCAGAAAAUGACAGCAAGUAGAACGGAAGUGGUAGAUUUUUUACGCAAUUUACUUACUGAGAUACAAUCUAAUAUGUUUAACAAAGCAAAGAAGAACUUAGAAGAUCAUAUUAAGAAAGUAGAAAAAUGGGAACAGUUUUCUCUGGAAUUAAAUAAAAAAAAUUUAUUACUAUCGCCAUUCUGUGGAGAACCAUCAUGCGAGGAUAAUAUUAAAGCAGAUAGCGCGAGAGGUGAUGUCGGUGAAGAAGCAGGAGCAUUGGCAAUGGGUGCGAAAAGUCUGUGUAUACCUUUCGAACAGCCACAAACUUCUAUACCAUUAGAUAAUUUGAAGUGUAUUCAUCCAAGUUGUAAAAACAAACCUAAAUUUUACACUCUUUUUGGUCGUAGCUAUUAAAUUAAGAUAGCUAUAUUUAUCGAUUUGUAUGCUGAGAUAUCUUUAUAGUCUGUUCCUUAAACAUUGAUCUUAUAAACAUUUUCCAUAAAACUACAUUUUAUUACAUGGAGUAUUCAUGUUUUUGCUUUGUUUAGACUCGACAAAAACCUGUUCUGAUGUUAUUAUGACAUUAUAGCGUAUAAAUAAUUUUUGUAUAUGAAUAUGGCCCUAAUAUUAAAAGGUUGUAUUUUCUGA